CCGUGAGCCACUCUCAGAACAAAAAAGUCAGAAGGAGGAGGAGGAGAAGCAGAAAGAAGCGAAGGUUUUAGAAGCGACUGUUACAAUCUUCGAAGCCUCAAUCAACCAAUCUCUUCCAAUUCGCCGAUGUGAAGAAAAUGAACUCACCGUGUGAUUCUCACCCCUCCACUUUCUUGGGACUUCUUCUCCAAUCUCUAUCCUCUUCUUGCAAUCGUGGCGGCGAUGGCGGCUCUUCGCAGCUCCUCAGGGACUUGGUCACUCGAGAAGUCAAUGCUUUUCUCUGGCUUGCUCUCAUCGUCGUCACUGCCCUCUUGCUCAGGAAGGUCGUCAGGUUGUUCCGAUUGUGGUUAAAAGCUAGGAAGAUUCCUGGGAUUCCCAGUCCCUCCUUUUACGGACACUGCAAGCUGAUAUCCCGGGAGAAUUUCACUGAUCUGUUGUCAGAAUCUCAUAAGAGAUAUGGACCAGUUGUUAAGCUAUGGUUAGGUCCUACUCAGCUUUUGGUGUCAGUUAAGGAUCCAGUGCUAAUUCAGGAGAUGCUUGUGAAGGCUGUAGAUAAGCUACCUUUCACGGGAAAAGCUUUUCGUCUGGCCUUUGGCCAAUCAAGUCUCUUCGCUUCUUCCUUUGAAGAGGUGCGAAAGAGAAGGGAAUUCUUGGCCACAGAACUGAAUGAAAGAUUGCUCAAGAAUGCUGAUCUGAUUCCUUCAACAGUUAUUGACUUCAUCAUGCAUAAAAUAGAAAACAUCAGAGGAGAUAUUGAUUGUAGAUUGAUUUCUCAGAAUAUGGCUUUCGGCAUAAUGGGAGCAAUGUUCUUUGGUGAUGGCUUCUUAGCAUGGCCUAAGGCUGCAAUUUAUGAGGAACUCCUUAUGAAGAUUGCUAAAGAUGCCUGCUUUUGGGCAUCCUAUAAUGUGACUCCCUUUUGGAAACGUGGAUUUUGGAGAUAUCAAUGCUUAUGUACGAAAUUGAAAUGCUUAACUCAAGAUAUCCUUGAACAUUGUAGAAAAAAUUGCAAGCUUUUUCAUCGCAUUGAGCAUAAUGUCCAUAGUGAAAGAUCUAACGCAGAAAUGGGGACGACACAUGCUUCAAAGAGCUAUUCUGAUGCUGGCUGCCCAGGUUUCUUAGGUGAGCAUAGGGAUCAUAAUACUGCAAAAGAAGAGCCUUAUGGAAAUAUCAUGGGUGUGAUGUUUCAUGGAUGUCAGACUACAGCAGCAUUAAUCUCUAACGUAUUGACUAUGCUUGUCAUGCAUCCAGAAAUACAGGAUAAGGUUUAUUUGGAAAUUGCCAAUGUGGGGAAAAGUCCAUCGAAGUAUGAACAGGAAGAUAUUUACCGGAUGCCUUUACUAUUGGCUACAAUUUAUGAAUCUGCACGUCUUCUGCCAUCAGGACCUUUGUUGCAAAGGUGCUCUCUGAAACAUGACUUGAGCUUUGCAACUGGGGUAACCAUACCUGCAGGUGCUGUACUAGUUGUGCCUAUUCAGUUGGUACAGAUGGAUGACUCCAAUUGGGGUAGUAAUGCCAGUGAUUUCAAUCCUUACCGAUUUUUGUCAAAUGCUGGGAAGGGAUCCAAGGUGGUUCUUGAUGCUACAAACACAGGUUCUGCUGAUGAGCAUACAAAUCCUGGUCUUGACUCGUUGCUCUUGAAUGAUCCAAAUGAAAAUGCUGCAUUUCUUCCUUUUGGGUCUGGUGCACGUGCCUGCGUUGGUCAGAAAUUUGUCAUUCAAGUAGUUGCAACAUUGUUUGCUUUGAUUCUGAAAAAAUAUGAGGUAAAGCUCCACCCUGGACCAGAAAGUGACCCAAGACUAACCUUGAAGAAUCAUCUUCUUCAGAAGCUCCCUAAUUCGGCAAUAGUAUUCAAGAGAAGGGACAGCUGACAGAAAUGAACUGAGAGAGUACUCUGUAUGUAGAUGCAGUAAGCUGUAACUAUAUGUCAAUUCAGAAACACCUAUCCUGUUUUUCCUUAUAGCUUCCCUUCACACCAUCUUUUUCCUCUUUCCCGAGAUGAAACGGGAUGCUCUCCCUCAUGUUUGUGGCUCGUUGCCGUCAGCCGGGAGGAUGCAACAUGAGUUUCAUGUGAAACUAAAGGUUUUUUCCCUUCCCAGUUUUAUAAAUAGCCCUUGUGCUGGCUUUUGGCCAUGACACAUCUAUUUGCUAGUUUUUUAAGCAUUUUGGGUCUAUGGCUGCGUCAGGGCCUUAUAUUUUUUCCCUCUCCCUUUGGAUUUAAUGUGUUGUACUUCAUGUUGCCAACUUUCUUUUUCACUCCUGAAGGAGUUUGUUGUUGUAUCCCAAAAGUUAUCAUAAUAUGCUAUAGACUUUCUUACAUGUUUUAAUCAAUGACUAUAUGUUAUCUGAUUUUGUA